AUGUGUAACUGUGUAAGGUUUCCGCUGCAGGUUAAUGUAUUCAGGCAACAACUUGAACUUGCGAAAGAGUUAAAAAAGCCAGCAUCCAUCCAUUGUGUCCGUGCUUUUGGUGACCUUCUUCAGAUAAUGAAACCUUCAGGGCCUUUUCCUGCUGGCGUGAUUCUUCAUUCUUACCUAGGUUCUGCUGAGAUGGUUCCUGAAUUUGAUCUUGGUGCUUACUUUUCAUUCUCUGGAUUUCUCAUGUCCACGAAAGUAAACAAGGCAAAGUGGAUGCUGAAGAUGGUGCCUUCUGAAAAGAUAUUACUGGAGAUAGAUGCACCUGAUGCAUUACCAAAAUCUGAUAUAGGUUCUUUGCAUCUGAUUGAAGGAGAUGCUUCCCUCCUUGAAGAGCUUCAGUUGCAAGAAAUUUCUUCAGCUCUGACGGCUAGUGCAAGAGACACUUCAACGCUUACAAAAGCAGCACUAAAUCACCCGGCAAGUACUCAUCUAUGUCGCAUCUAUGCUAGAAAUGACCAAAGAAGGACUUUCUGA